AUUAUCAACUGUCGUGCAUUGAUUUUGACACUGGACACCACUUUACAAUUGAAUUCUAGAAAUCUCAUAAAUCACAAUGUUUCUCAGGAUUUGUAUAUUUAGUUGCAUAAUUCUGGGGGCGCUGUCAAUCCCAGUUGUGUGGAAAGAUUGUGGAUCUAAAACAGGAGGCAUAAAGUCUGUGGAUGUGACACCUUGUGGAGCCCAGCCCUGUGUUUUAAAACACAACAGUAAUGUUACCAUGAAGGUGCAGUUUGUUGCUAAUGCCAUGAGCAAAACCUUGACAAGUGUGGUACAUGGUAUAAUUGCGGGGGUUCCAGUGCCGUUCCCUAUUCCCAAUCCAGAUGGAUGUAAAUCUAAUGUGACGUGCCCAGUGAAGUCGGGAGAUAUGAACACCUAUUCUAAUGUCCUAUUUGUCAACCCAUCUUACCCAAAGUUGAAACUUGUUGUGAAAUGGGAACUAAAGGAUGACAGUACUAAUGACAUGUUCUGCUUUGUUAUUCCUGUUUCUAUUGGCGACUAAACAACAUUGGUAACUAAGCAACUUUGGUGACUAAACAACCUUGGUGAUUGAACAACAUGGGUGACUAAACAACAUUGGUGACUAAAUAAAAAUUGGUGACUAAACAACACUGAUGACUAAACAAAUUUGGAGACUAAACAAAAUUGGAGCAGUGACUUAACAACAUUGGUGACUAAACAACAUUGGUGACUAAACAACAAUGAUAGCUAAAUGAAUUUGCUCAGUAACUAAAUUAAUAAAUAUUGAUGACUUAAAACUACAUUAAUGACUUAUUAGGGAAAUAAUUGAUAACAAAGUGAGAUUGAUGACUAUAUCAGAAUUUCACAUUCACAACAUAAUUUGAUGAAAUUAACUUAAAUGUGUGUACAUUUGAAUAUGGGCACAUUUGACUCUGAAGGUACAAAACAAUUUUAUUCAAAGCAACAAAACUCUGCUCUAAUUUCAAGGCAUAAUCACUCCAAAUUGUGACAUUUGGAGUUUAAUAUGGAGUAAUAAAAAGAAAUGUGUAAAA